AUGGAAGAUGGAGGUAUCAGAGAUGAAGAUAUUCGUGCUACGUCUUCCCUGCCAUCAGCUUUUGCUACUUAUGGUAGACUGAAUCAUAUUGAUGGCUUCGGGGGGUGGUGCCCUGAUCAGUGGCCGUAUGAAAAUGAUACAGGUCCUAUCUAUAAGGAGUUUAUUCAGGUCCACUUCUCCAGCCCCUUUCGAAUUAAAGGAAUAAUAACACAGCCCCGCUCUGGAGGUGUGGAAAGGAUUCGGAAGUUCUGGGUUGCUUGCAGACAAUAUCAAGAAAACAAUAAAAUUUUUGGUUGGUAUUAUAAAGGAUCACACUCACAGUGGCCUAAGGUCUUUGAAGGAAACAGCCUCUCCGAGUUGAAACCUCCAGUUGUUACUGACUUAAUAAGAAUUUAUCCAAUGAUAUCUCCUCGCAGACAGGUGUGCCUCAGGUUUGAGCUUUUUGGCUGUCAACUAGAAAGCGCGAUUGUCACGUACGAGAUACUCCAAGGUAACUCCCUGGACGGGAGAUACAACUUCAGUGAUUCAAAUUAUGAUGGUUUGACUAAAGGCCGCCGUCUAGUCUCUGGAUUGGGAAUGCUUACUGAUGGACGAUUGGCUAAUGAAGAUCUUACAGUAAAUAACGGAUUGGGUUGGAUUGGCUGGAACAUGAAAGAGACUCCUAAACCUUUCAUAAUAUUUGAUUUUUUGAACAAAAGAAUCUUCAAUUCAGCUACUUUCCAUUGUAACGUCAAAGACCAGAUACACAUCAAGUUGUUUUCCAGAGUUGAAAUAAGGUUUAGUAAGACAAUGCAGAAUGGUUCUUCACCUGAUCUCAUGCAAGAACCCAAGGAAAUUUCCGUUCCAUCAUCAUCAUCGAUAAACCACAAUGUUACAAUUGACCUGUGCCGCCGUGUAGGGAAGUCUGUAAGGUUCAACUUUACCUACAGAGGACAAUGGAUAUUAAUCAGCGAAGUUAUCUUCAACUCAGAACCACUGGAAGGAAGGUCUCCUCCAGCAGUUUAUUGUGUUCCAAGUACUACACACCCUCGAUACACAAGUAGUACCUCGGAAUACAGCGCAAGUGCUAUUAGUAGCACCACAUCAACUGAAACCACCGUUGCUCCAUCGGCCGAGGGACCUGAUUGGGUGAUAUUAAUCUCAUCUCUGACAGUGCUCUUCGUCAUUUUAGUAAUCCUCGGUAUUGCUUGGUCAUUCCGACGGAAGAGACGCCAGAAAAAAGAUGAGAGACCUAGAGUUGUGGAAAGCGACCAGUCUGAAGAGAGUUUAACAUUGGUUCCUGUGGGUGCUACCCAUCAGUUGGAACUUUCUGAAAGCAAUAACCAUCGUAACCAAGAUACCGAAGAAUCUCCCCGAGAUGAAUAUGAAGAAAUUGAGCUGUCUCCACCUGUGAUGAUGGUGCCUAGCGACAGUGCCCAGACUCCUGUAUAUGCGCAAGCGUCAAGCGCUUGUUUCUACACCUACGCACACCCGUACACGCCAGUAGAGAAAAAUAAUGGGAAAGAACACGAGUACGUCAAUCAAAUAAAGACUUCGGACUACGCAAAUAGGUACAUGCCUCUCACCAAUCUUAAGAGGACAGCCGAAAAUUCUUGUGCAUAUGCAUCACUUUUGCCGUCUAAAGAGGAAAAGGACGACAACCUUUAGGGAAACGGUGAAUACACUAUUCCAUUUUUAUAAGAACCUUUUUCAUCAGGAAGU